AUGAGCAAAUAUGUGCCAACAGAGGAGGAAUACGUGACAAAUGCGUCUUUGACAUUUGCAUUAGGCCCCAUUGUACUGCCAGCAUUGUAUUUUGUUGGGCCAAAGAUCUCGGAGUCCAUCGUUAAAGAUCCAGAAUACAACGAGUUGUUCAGGCUAAUGAGCACAUGUGGCCGGCUCCUGAAUGAUGUUCAGACAUUCGAGAGGGUGUACGGCGAGGGCAAGCUGAACAGUGUUUCUCUCCUCGUUCUUCAUGGUGGCUGCACAUCCAUAUCAGAGGCUAGAAGGGAGUUACAGAAGCCCAUAGACACAUGCAGGAGAGACCUCCUAAGACUAGUUCUUCGUGAAGAAGGUGCUGUUCCUAGGCCCUGCAAGGAGUUGUUCUGGAAAAUGUGCAAGGUGUGCUACUUCUACUCAGGAACUGAUGGGUUUAGCUCACCAGUGGAGAAGGCUAGACAAGUGGAUGCGGUGAUCAAUGAGCCACUAAAGCUCCAAGGGAGCCAUGCAUCGCUGCCUGUUGUGUGA